UUUACCGAAAAUGGGCCAAUAAUAAACCUUAGAAACUUUAAGAUAAGACAAAUGAUAACACGCCUAGCUAUAAGUUGGAACGAACUAAGAAGAUUGAUAUAGGAAAAUCAAAUGGAUGAAUUAUUGAUGGAAUGGUAUUAGUGCAUCAGUCAAUGCAUUGAAAUGUCCAAGUCAACGACCCACCUUCAUCAAUUAUUUAAUUCAUUCACUAUACCAUUUCAACUCACCAUCAUCUUCAAAUUCAUCAUCUAAAGUAUCUAACUGCAAGCUCUCCUCUUUACUGAGAGAAGUGAAAUAUGGUGGAUGCAGUUGUCAGUGUAUGUUUGGAAAGACUCUUCAAAGUCCUUGUCAAGGAAGGUAAUGUUCUACUUGGUUACAGGGAUCAGUUUCAGAAGGUACAAACUGAUCUCCAAUACAUGAAAAGCUUCUUCAAGGAUGCAGAGAGGCUCAAAAGGAAAAACGAGGUUUUGAAAUGCACUCUAGCUGAUUUGCGAGAGCUGGUCUACGAAGUUGAAGACAUACUUGCAGAUUGCCAGCUUUUGUCAGAUAGCUCAGGAAAACUUCUUCAUGGAUUUUCCCCUAUAAAGGUUCCAUCCAAAUACCAAAUGGGAAAGAGGCUGGGGGAAAUUAGUGAAAAAAUUACUAGCAUCAGAAAUAAUAUAUCAUCUUUUCUUGCGCCACUUUCUCAGUCUCUUCAUGGUAAUGCACAAGAAGAUGGACCACCGAGAUGGAGUUCUCCCAUCUAUGAUCAUACUCAGGUGGUUGGAUUAGAAGGCGAUACAAGAAAACUCAAAGAUUGGUUAUUUCAGGUCGAUAACAGUGGCAUACUAUCCAUUGGUGUUGUAGGUAUGGGGGGAUUGGGGAAAACCACUGUUGCUCAGACAGUAUUUAAUGAGAAAGAAGUUGAACUUCAUUUUGAGAAGAGAAUUUGGGUCUCUGUAUCACAGAAGUUUACUGAAGACCAGAUCAUGAGGAGCAUCUUGAGAAACCUCGGUGAUGUUAAUGUUGGGGAUGAUCGAGGUGACUUACUAAAGAGGAUUAACCAAUACCUUUCAGGCAAAAGGUUUCUGAUUGUGUUGGAUGAUGUUUGGAGUGAGGAUACUUCAUGGUGGCUGAGGAUUUUUGCAGGGUUGCCAAAAGGAAUUGGGGGCUGUAUUAUUGUGACUACUAGAAUCGAGAAUGUUGCAAGAAAAAUGGGAGUGCAGGAAGCAAGAAUCCAUCAACCCAAAGUCCUCAGCGAGGGCCACAGCUGGUCACUCUUCUGCAAUGUGGCAUUUGCAGAACAUCAUGGUACUUGUACGUCGACUGAGCUUGAAUGUGUUGGAAAGGAGAUUGUUUCUAAAUGCAAAGGCCUUCCACUAGCAAUCAAGGCAGUUGGAGGAAUGAUGCUUUGUAAGCCACCAUACUAUCAUGAGUGGAGGAGGAUUGCUGAUCAUUUCCGGGAGGAAUUGACUGAUCUUGAUGACAACUCUGUCAUGGCUUCGUUGCAAUGUAGCUAUGAUGAGCUUCCAUCUUAUUUGAAAUCCUGCCUCCUCUCCCUGUCCAUAUAUCCUGAGGACUGUGAAAUAAGUAAAGAUCAGUUAGUCCGAUGGUGGAUUGGUGAGGGGUUUGUGCCUGUGAGAAAUGGUAGGCUAGCAACUGAAUCUAGUGAAGAUUGCUUCUCUGGCUUAACUAAUAGAUGCUUGGUUGAAGUAGUUGAGUGGGAUUACAAUGGGAAGAUAUCCACAUGUAAAGUUCAUGAUAUGGUCCGAGAUCUGGUAAUCCAGAUUGCUAAGGAUGAAUCUUUUUCAGGAUUAAGUGCUGCUCUUCAUCGCCAUCUGGGACUUACCACAGACAUUAAGGAAAAGGAAAUGGUAACGAGCAAAAAAUUGCGGGCAUUAAUAUCCACCUCCAAAAUCGGUGAAGUGAACAAAAUUGCUUCAUGUGUUGGGAGCAAGUUCUGUGAUUUUAGGUACCUGCGAGUGCUGGAUUUGUCGAAAUCUAUCUUCGAAGUGUCUCUUGCUUCCCUACUGGAAAAGAUAGGAAACCUAAAGCACUUGUCAUGCUUCAACUUAAGCAAUACCCACCCAUUGACUCAAGUUCCUCAAACAUUAGAGAAACUCCAUAACCUUCAGAUAUUGGAUUUAAGUUACUGUCAAAGUCUUAGAUCUCUUCCUCCUUUUGUCAUGACUUUCGAGAACUUACUGGUGCUGGAUGUAAGUCAUUGUGGAUCCCUAGAAUUUCUGCCAAGAGGCUUGGAGAAGCUCUCAAAUCUUCAAGUUCUGUUAGGAUUUAAGCCUGCUAGAGUGGAAGGUGAAGGUUCUAGAUUCUCCGAGUUAAGAAGCUUAAGUCAGUUAAGGAUACUGGAACUGCAACUGACUCGAGCUGAUGAAAUUGAUGAUGGUGAGACUGAUGCCUUGACUGGCUUAAAAGAGAUGCAGAUUUUGACAAUAAGUUGUUUCAACAGUUUUGAGAGUGAUAAACUCAUAUCAAAACUUGAGAAAAUUUGCCCACCACUGCAGCUACACGAGUUGUCUCUUAAAUUUUACCCAGGAAAAAUCAGCCCACAUUGGCUUAAUCCGGCUUCUCUGCCUAUGUUACGGUAUCUUUCAAUGUGUGGAGGGAACCUAGCACAAUUGAACAAAAGUUUCUGGGGAAUUGAUGAGACUACUUGGAAAAUCAAGGGCUUGAAGUUGGAUUCACUCUCUCAUUUGAAUUUGAAGUGGGAAAUGAUUCGAAGAGUGAUGCCAUCCUUGAGCACCGUGCAUGCUUGUUGGUCUCCCGAAUUGAUAUCUUUCCCAAUAGAGGGUGUUGGUUUCAGAGGCGGUGUGUGGAAGGAGGUUCGGAAUAGCUAAAUCAAAUCAAGAGAAAAACAGAAAAAGAUGUUCUUGAUUGCCAGGUAUAGAACAUUGAAGCUAUAUAUCUUAUUAUCUUUGAGCUUUUCUGGUGAAAUAUCAUACUAUGUCAUUUUUUUUUCUCUUUGAUGCAUUUCCAUCUUAUAAAUAUAAAUUUUCUAUUCAUGAUUGUUUAAAAUUGAUUUACAGAACGGGAUUUCUUCCUCAUUGGGGUUUUGUUGUAAUUGUAUGCCAGAGUGCAUUCUUCAUGUAUGUUAAACAUGUUUACAGUAAAGUAUGGCUUUGUCCAAAGUGUGCGCCUUUAAUCUA